AUGUGUCAGAAGUGGACGGCAAUGUUUCUAUUUCGUAUGUUGCAGGCGGCCUGGAAUGGCUGUCCCCGCUGCCUGCUGGCAACCACCUUUACUUGGCCGCUUCAUGUGCGGUGUCUGGACUAUGUGCAUCAGCAAGUGCCACAGGAGAACAACCUCGCCUGUAUUCCGUGUGUUGCAGGCAGCCUGGAGUGGCUGUCCAGCGGCUCCCCGCGGCCUCUCAGCCUGCUGGCCCCCGGCAACACGACCGCCGCCACUGUAGCGCCGCUGCACGUACCGCUGACUGCCCAGCAGUGCGUGGACCAGGCGCGCCGCCACGUGUCGCAGGCCGAGCUGCUGGACAGGGGGCGCCCGCUGGCCAGCGAGUUCGAGCUGGUCGCCUUCUCGCACUUCACGCUGAGCCGCGUCUACCCCGUCGAGCUGGCGCUCGGGAAGCGCGUCGUCGAGAAGCCCAUCGGCUUCCGCAAGCUGGACCUCCUGGAGGCUCUUAUGCAGGCCCUGGAGACUCUGAACAGCAGCAGCGGCGGCGGCGGUGGGGAGCGCUUCUCGCUGUCGGACUUCAGCGAGGGCGUGUACCGCACCGAGCCCACGACGGGCACGCAGUACGAGCUGGUGUUCCGCGGCCCCGGAGGCGGGGGCGGGAGGCGCGUGACGCUGGCGCGGCCGCUGCUGGCGCCGCUGGUGGUGGGGGUGGAGCGGCUGGCGGCCCCCCGGGGGCGGCCCACCGUGCACGUGCUGCUGCCGCUGGCCCCGGGGCCCGCCGCACACUUCCGCGCCUUCAUGGACAAGUUCGUGCGCAUCGCGCUCAAGAACGACCGCAGGGUGCAGCUGACGGUGGUGUUCUUCGGCGAGGAUGGCCUGGCCGAGGCGCGGUCGGCCAUGUCUCGCGCGCUGUCGCUCUCACCCCGCGGCGGGCCGCCAGACCAGCUGCGGCUGCUGGCGCUCAACGAGUCCUUCUCCAGGAGCCGCGGGCUGCGCGUCGCCGCCGACAGGGCCGCCGCCGCCCCCGGGGACGCGCUGCUCUUCCUCUGCGACGUCCACCUCGUCUUCAGCGCCAGGUUCCUCGACCGCUGCCGCUGGAACGCCCAGCCGGGCAAGAAGGUGUACUACCCGAUCGUGUUCAGCCUGUACAACCCGCACGUGGUGUACACCCUGCAGGGCCGGCCGCUGCCCCCGGAGGCCGAGCAGCUCGUCAUCUCCAGAGACACCGGCUUCUGGCAGGACGCAGACUUCGCCACCUCCUGCCAGUACAGGUCUGACUUCCUGAAGGCGUCCACCCCGGCGGAGGAGCCACCCGGCUGGGGUGGGGAGGGCGUGUCGCUGUACCGACGCCACGUGCGAUCGCCCGCCAAGGUGGUGCGCGCCACGGACCCCGGCAUCUUCCGCCUGUGGCACCCCAAGGAGUGCAGUCGGCGGCUGCCCGCGGAACAGCUGCGAGCCUGCCUGAGGAUGCGCGCCCUCACCGAAGCGUCGCACGCGCAGCUGGGGCUGCUCGCCUUCCGCGACGAGUCGCGUCACGCCUGA